GGAACACAAACCAAAAUCAUACCGAGACGCAAACGGUGAAAAGGGGAAAAAUCGAAGUGAAAAAGUGAAAAACGGUCGCCAACGGCUGUGGUCGGUCGGUCGUUCUGUGUGUUCUCUUUGGAUUCUUCUUUCUUUAUUCCGUUGAAUGAGUCGAACGGCACAGAACUACGAGUUCCAACAAUGGUGGAACAAACAGCGCCACUCGUUCCUCGACUCCUCCGACGAUAACCCGCCGAGCUCCUCCGCCGCCGCUUCCUCUUCCUCCUCCUCCUCCUCCCUCGCCGUCGACCUCACCUCCUCCCCCACGGCCACCACCAAGGGCCACCACACCCGCUCCGCCCGCCAGCUCUCCUGGCUCUGGCUCCUCCGCUUCCACAAACUCACCGCCUCCGUCGCCUGGCUCACCGACUCCUCCAUCUCCCUCCUUCGCACCGCCAACCGUCGCAUCUCCAACCACCACCGCUCCCCUUCCGCCUACUCCUCCUCCUCCCGCCUGAACAAAAUCAUCCGCAUCUUCUUAAUCCUCGUCCUAUUGCUCCUCUUCCUUGAGCUCCUCGCCUACCGCCGCGGAUGGCAUUUCACCCCGCCUUCCGUCGAAUCCGCCGAGGCUCUGGUAGAGCGCCUUUACGCCAAAUGGCUCGAAAUCAGGGCCGAUUACUUGGCCCCGCCCCUCCAAUACCUCGCCAAUGUCUGCAUUGUCUUGUUCCUCAUUCAAUCCCUCGAUCGCGCCGUCCUUAUGCUCGGCUGCUUCUGGAUCAAAUUCAGGAAAUUGAAGCCGAUUCCGCCUGUCUCAUACGCUGCGCCCGACGUCGAGGCCGCUGAGAAUUAUUACCCCAUGGUAUUGGUGCAGAUCCCCAUGUGCAACGAGAGGGAGGUUUACCAGCAAUCUAUAGCGGCGGUUUGCAUCCAGGAUUGGCCGCGAGAGAGAAUGCUGGUACAAGUCCUGGAUGAUUCUGAUGACCCGGAUACUCAAGUUCUUAUCAAGGGUGAAGUUCAGAAAUGGCAGCAGAAGGGUGUGCAGAUUGUGUACAGGCAUCGUUUUGUCCGAACAGGUUACAAGGCUGGUAACCUGAGGUCUGCCAUGAGCUGUGAUUACCUGAAAGAUUACGAAUUUGUGGCCAUCUUUGAUGCUGAUUUCCAGCCAGCACCAGACUUCUUGAAGAAAACCAUUCCCUACUUCAAGGGAAACGAUGAACUAGGGUUGGUUCAAACAAGGUGGGCGUUUGUGAACAAGGAUGAGAACCUGCUCACUAGAUUGCAGAACAUAAAUCUGUCAUUCCACUUUGAAGUUGAGCAGCAAGUCAAUGGCAUUUUCAUCAAUUUUUUCGGUUUCAAUGGCACGGCUGGUGUGUGGAGGAUAAAAGCCCUAGAGGAUUGUGGGGGCUGGUUGGAUAGGACAACUGUUGAGGAUAUGGAUGUUGCUGUUCGUGCUCACCUUUCUGGGUGGAAGUUCAUCUACCUGAAUGAUGUGAAGUGCCUAUGUGAACUUCCUGAGUCCUAUGCAGCUUACAAAAAACAGCAGCAUCGAUGGCAUUCAGGUCCCAUGCAGUUGUUUCGCUUAUGCUUCGUUGAUGUGCUCCGAUCAAAGGUGAUUAAGUUUUUUGUUCUCUGCUAUUGAGAAUUGAAAUGUAAUUAUUAACCCCGCAGCUGAUAGCUAACCUUUUGUACCCACUGAGGUUAAUAAAUUUUCCGCAUGAAACGUACCUCCUCUCAUAAACAUAAGCUGCAAGGCUAAACCCACUAUUUUGUUGCCUAAAACUUGGGAUUCAAGAUAACCCGUGAUAGUUGAGCAGACCCUUUUGUACAUAACAGAUGUUUGUUUGCUGGUUGCAGUUGAGUGUGGGGAAGAAGGCAAACCUGAUACUUCUGUUCUUUCUCCUGCGGAAGCUUAUCCUGCCUUUCUAUUCAUUCACUCUUUUCUGCAUCAUUCUACCCCUCACCAUGUUCCUCCCGGAAGCUGAACUACCGGCUUGGGUUGUGUGCUACGUUCCUGGUCUCAUGUCCAUCUUGAACAUCUUGCCAGCCCCUCGCUCAUUUCCGUUCAUAGUCCCUUACCUUCUAUUUGAGAACACCAUGUCGGUCACCAAAUUCAAUGCCAUGAUAUCAGGGUUGUUUCGCCUGGGAAGUUCUUAUGAGUGGAUAGUUACAAAGAAGUUAGGAAGAUCAUCAGAAGCAGACUUGAUUGUGCUAGCUGAGAAGGAAUCGGAUCCUCUGGUGUUGGAAAGCUCUGGGAUCCACAGGUCUUCAUCUGAAUCAGGCCUGGAUAAUCUGAACAAGCUAGAAGCGAGCAAGAAAACUGUGAAAAGGAAAAGAAAUCGUCUGUACAGGAAGGAACUGUCCCUGGCGUUCAUACUGUUGACUGCUGCUGCUAGAAGCUUGCUGACUGCUCAGGGCAUCCACUUCUACUUUUUGUUGUUUCAAGGGAUUAGUUUCUUGGUCGUUGGUCUUGAUUUGAUUGGAGAACAAGUGAGCUGAGCUGACUAAAAAGUAGGCAUAGAUUUUGUACACUUGAUUAUGAUCUGUUUUUGUUACAAGUUGUGGUCCUCGUCUCCCUCCCUUGCCCAGUGCAGUUUUGUGCAUUCUUUUCAUUCAUGUAACUGCAUCUCUUUGUUCAUAAUACAGCUGCCAGAGGCGGUUCGGAGCUGAAUGAAAGAGAGAGUUGCUGUUUGCAAUAUAUUAUCACCGCGAG